AUGGGAAACCUCUGCUCAAAAUCAUCGAACGAGCCAGAUCACUUCGCGGCACCUGGCAGACCCCUCGGUUCAGCGUCAGCGACUGGCCCCUCAUCUGCUCCUGUGCCCCAGAAGAUUGCGAAAAACUCCCCUGGACGAACACUGGGUGGUGAUAGCUCAAGUCCGGACGACGCCAGGAGUGCUGCAGCACAGGCUGCAGAGGCACGCGCUGCAGCUGCCAACAAGCCCGGUGGCAAGCUGUCCUCCCAGCUAUCGGCGCAGCGAAAGCAGACACAGAACCAGCUGCUAAAUGCCGGCUCCGAGCAGGAACGUCGGGCGAGAGACGCCGAUCAAUCCGCUCGAACGCAGGCCUACAACUGA